UAAGCUGAAGCCGUACGAUUUAUAUACCAAACAAAUAAACGGUGCAGAUCUCGUAGUUGACUUGGUAGCGCCAAAAAUAAAAAGCCGUGGAUUGCUCUUUUAAUUGGAUCUCUGUGCUACCGACUACUUUCAGUGUUCUCUUCUUCUCCACUAAUUCAGAUCACAUUCAAGAAUCUUCUUCACUCACAUCUCUGAAAAAAUGGCGAGCAACAUGGAAGUUUUCUGCGAGAUCUUAAUCGCGAUCCUUCUUCCACCUCUUGGAGUUUGUCUCAAACGUGGCUGUUGCACUGUAGAGUUCUUGAUUUGCUUGGUGCUGACAAUCUUAGGAUACAUCCCAGGGAUAAUUUAUGCACUAUACGUGAUCGUGUUUCAAAACCGUGAAGGCUCUACCGAACUUGGAGCUCCACUUAACUCAGCUUGAUCUGUUUUGGUCCAUUACACGGAUCAAUAUGUUGUUGAAACUGUUUUACUUAUCAUGUACCAAAUAAUAAGUUGCUUUGCAAUUUUUAUGUAUUGAAGAUUUGAGAACAUUGUCGCGUUAUUGAUACAUUGCUUAUCUUUUUGAUGUAUAACUUGUUGGCUUUUGCAAAGUCAGGCUACGGACCUUCCUAAGAGUUAAUGUAUCAAAUUCUUUGCCAAGAUUGUAUUUACCGGAGUUUAAACUUCGCAAAAUGCGGAAGCAUUUUUGAGUUUGAAAGGAUUUUGUAUGAUGCCAACAUAUAUUAUGGUAUAGAUUAUGCUAAAAAAGAUAGAUUUCUGUUACUUUGGCAAAUAAUGACAAUGAUUGUGAGUUGAGGAAUCAAAGUCUCAGUAAUACGACACCGUUUGAGUCAAAAC